GCUGCAGCCAAGAUGGCCCUCUCCGCAGUAAACAUCUCACCACUGCCUCUCCCAGCUCUCCACCACCGAGCGCCUCAUUGCCCAAGUCUGCCACUCCACCUGGAACAACACGCUUCAUGAUUCCCUGCGCACCACAUGCACGGGCCAAUAUUGGACGGACUCCUCCCUGCAGCCUUGGAUACGGCAACACUCCCGUGUGUUAGAUGUCGCCAUCGGCCGCCUCCCCCUGACAGACUGUGCUCACUAGCGGUGCUUACGUCUGUCUCCUGAUGUCCUCUGUCCUUGGUGCAGGGCUACCCUGAGACCAUCGAACAUUUCCUGCUGCCCUGCCCACACUUCCUGGCUCUCCGGAUCACCACAACACUUGACUUGCCCACUGUCUUGGUGGUCACAGGCAUCUAACCUUCCAGCUAGCCUGCCACCCUACGCCUCACACAACGCCUCACCUAUGCCUUUCUGAGCAAGACCAGCCAACUGCCACGCUUGUGAUAGUGUCACAGGGUUACCUGAAGCUCAUGAGGAUCACUAGAUCUCAGCCGUCACAGCAACAAGUCAGUUACCCGCCAGACACUGCCUUGCUGCUGGUCCAGUGCAAGAGACUGAGUGGCAGUGCUGCCCUGUAGAACAGGGGAGGAGAGCUUAUCAGCUGACCAACAAUCUGUCAGAUCCUUUCACACACACACACACACACACACACACACACACACUUACAUUACAAGAUGUUUCGCCGCUUCCUGGUUGACUGUCAGGGACUUGUGCUUCCCAGUGCCUCAAGGGUGACAGCCAGGGCCGUGAAGAUACCAGGCAGACCUAUUGCAUCACCACAACUACUGCAACACUGUCGCCAGCAACACACUGAUGACCGGAGUGUUGUGAAAGUAUUGAACAUGGAGAGUGAUGCUGGAUUGAUGGUGGAUGCCAUCAGCCAGGUUGGGUUUCGUCUGAACAAUGGCCUAUCAGUUGUGGGUCCUGUGGCUCUGUUCCCUAAGACAGUCCUCAGCUGGAGAGUGAGGAGUGUGGCAGACAUCAAUGAAAACUCCUUAUCACUUUUCUAUCUACUGGAGCCCAAGAUUGGUAAGUGGAGUAGAUUGAUGUACUCAGGAAAUCUUAGGAAGAUCAGAAGUCAGGCAUUCUAUGGCAUCCCUGCAGAAUCUGUUAACUUCCUGAAGGUGUCCAAGCUGACACUCCAUCAGUGUGUCCUAGUACUGAAGGGGUUAAGAAUUUGGGCUAUUAUCUUUGUAGCCUUUGAACAUAGUGGCAGUAAGAGAGCAAAGCAUUUCAGAAUACUGUUUUAUCACAAGUGCCUUCCAGUAACAUUUUCCUUCAUCACACAGAUCCUACCUACAGAAAGUGCCUGCACCACCUUCAACUUUCUCAAUCAGGAGAGGCGGUAUGUGGCAGCUGGCCUCAUCCCUCCCUAUAACCUGGCCAACACAAUAGAUGAUCACUUGAGGGCCCAGCGCGAUGCCAAGACUCUCUUCUUGGCCAGACAUGAUGACUAGGAAACUAUGCGUUGGUGAUCCCGCUGCAAAAUGACCAUUGAUUCCAUUCGCUGCACACCGAAUCGGCCCUUCCCGCAGUCCGGAAGAUGGCGAGCAGCUCAUCUUGCCACGACACCGGCGGCGAGCUGGUGGCUCAUUUUGAAUAUUUGUUUGUACUGUAUAUGUACGGAAUUAUGUAUAUAUCUAUGUAUGUGUGUAUCUGGUAGACAUACUCAAUAAACCUUUAAUACUAAACAAA